GUUAGCCUAGCAUGGUGGGUUUGGUGGAGGCUGAGCGGGGGGCGGACAAGCACGAUGGAGCGGCACCGAGAGGACGCCGCGUAGCUUCAGCUCGAACCCGGGACGCUCUCUCACUCUGUCGGCGUGGACACAGUAACUGAGGACGGAGAGAGACGCCGGGACAUGCAGUGAGUUGAAAACGGUCAUGAAGCGGGUUCGCACCGAGCAGAUCCAGUAUGCCGUGACUCAGUACCUGAAGAGGAGACAGUAUGUGGACUCUGACGGCUCCCUGAAGGGAGCCAAGCUCUUCCAGUCCGCUGAGGAGAUGGCCGCCAGCCUCACAGUGCAGACGGAGUCGGGCUGUGCCAACGUGGUCUCUGCCGCGCCCUGCCAGUCGGAUCCACAGCAGUACGAGACUCAGUUCUCCCGGCUGCGCUCCUUCCUCUCAGAAGCAGAUAUCUCCUGGGCGAAGGAGGUGAGCUGCAUCCUCUACCCUCUGUUCGUCUACCUCCACCUGGACAUGGUGCGCUGCGGCCUGAAGGGGGCGGUGGAUGGUUUUUACAGCCGUUUCCACGGCGCCUUUCUUCAGGACAGCGAGCAGCGGGCCACCAUCGAGCAGCUCCGCCACGUCCUCACCGCUCAGGACGUGUCGGCCAACCCCCGGCUGAGCGCCUUCCUGGAGCACAAGUACGUGAUUCACCUGACGGAGCCGGCCUACAGCUACCUGCUGCGCUACCUGCAGAGCGAGGACAACAGCGCCCUCUGCAGGGCGCUCGGCACCCACAUGCAGCUGGAGGUCACCGCCUUGAGACGAACGGACUACCAGCUCUACGGAGGAGCCGGGGGGGCCACCGCCGCCCCCAACUCCACCUCCUCGUCCUGGGCGGGCGUGGACGGGAUGGACGGCGGGGAGGGGGUGGCGGUCCCCGCGGGGAUCCCACAGAGCGAGGCGGCGCUGGACGCCCUGCAGGACUGCAUCAAGAAGGUGCGAGAGGGCCCGCCCUCGCUCACCACCGUCUGCUUCUACGCCUUCCACCACACGGAGCAGAUGCUGAACACGGCCGAGGUCUCGGCGGACAGCCGGCUGCUCGCCGCCGGCUUCGACAGCUCCACGGUGAAGCUGUGGAGCCUCCGGGCCAGAAAACUGAAGGCCAGACCGCAUCAGGCCGAUGUGUCGCACAUUCGCCUGGCGUGUGACGUGCUGGAGGAGGAGGUGGACGAGGAGGACGGCUCAGGCAGUGAGAUCAAGACCCUGCGAGGCCACAGCGGCCCCGUGUUCCGCACCGCCUUCCUGACGGACAGCUCGGGCCUGCUGUCGUGCUCCGAGGACACCACCGUCCGCUACUGGGACAUGGGCAGCUUCACCAACACCGCGCUGUACCGGGGCCACGCCUACCCAGUGUGGGACGUGGACGUCAGCCCGUGCAGCCUCUACUUCGCCAGCGGCUCGCACGACCGCACGGCGCGCCUCUGGACGUUCUCGCGCACCUACCCGCUGCGGCUCUACGCCGGACACCUCUCCGACGUGGACUGCGUCAAGUUCCACCCCAACUCCAACUACCUCGCCACCGGCUCCACCGACAAGACGGUGCGUCUGUGGAGCACCCAGCAGGGGGCGUCGGUGCGCCUCUUCACGGGACACCGCGGCCCCGUGCUGUCGCUGGCCUUCUCGCCCAACGGGAAGUACCUGGCGUCCGCCGGCGAGGACCAGCGGGUGAAGCUGUGGGACUUGGCGUCGGGGACCCUGUUCAAAGACCUGCGGGGACACACGGACAGCGUGGGCAGCCUGUCCUUCAGCCCGGACAGCUGCCUGGUGGCGUCCGCCUCCAUGGACAACUCGGUGCGGGUGUGGGACAUCCGCGGCUCGCACGGCGGCGCGCCGGCCGACGGCUCGUCGGCAGAGCUGGUGGGACUGUACACCGGGAACACCAGCAACGUGCUCAACGUCCAGUUCAUGGCCUGCAACCUCCUGCUGGUGACCGGCAGCGCACAGGAGAAGGCGGAGCAGUGAGCCGGGACCGCGUCCAUUCACAAAGCAAAAAUCCGGAUCAUUUUUCAGUUAGAAUCUGUCUCUUCCGACGGAAGGACGCACAGAAACGGCUCGAUGGAGGGUUAAUUCCUCUUCCUGCAGUGAAAAAAAACCACUCGAUGGUCAAACUGAUCAGAAUACUAAAUUUAAUUCUCCAGAAUAAGCAUUUUGAAGGUUUAAGGUAGACUUAAGAUUAUAGAAUGGGAUUUUUUUUUUUGGUUAAACAUCCCGUGAAUGAAUGUGAAAGUCUGUCGUUCUUCUUUGGCCUGGUGGUUUGUUUCUGAAUCGCUCUUCAUUCUCUGCACCGUCACACAGCUGGCCUUCGAUCUCAGUUUGAGCACUUUCGAUUUAAUGUGAUUGGAGUAAAAGGGACGUGAGCUCUGAAGGCCAGACGUUAAAGCUCAGAACAGGAACAAACCCCACACGUCUUCAUCAGAAGCCGAGACAGCUGCCGCGUUUCCCAUCAGCCUUGUAGGCGGACGUCCUUCUCUUGAUGACUUUCUCUUAUUGGUCAGUUUCCCCUCCUGGUGGUGACGAUCCUCGCUUGGACCAACUCGGCAGGACGAACAGUUCCACUUCAUUUCCAGCCCCGGGUUUGACGGUGCGCUCCCCGAUGAGGCCGGCCGGCUGCGUCCGGGUCGCUCUGUAAGAGACGUUUGCCGUCGGCAGUGAGCAGAAAACCCUCCGGAAGCUGAGCGCCUGUUUCAGUAUUAAUACGGAGGAAGUUUUUUUUUCUGUCAGUAACUGUGCAAUGCUUAAAAAUUGUAAAUAUAUUUUUGUAAUAUCUCGGCUAAAGCUGAAUGAGGGCUUAAAAACACAAACUUGAGUUCGUUUUACUACCGAGUCUUUGGUUUUCAGUCUGGAAGUUUAGGUUUUUAUCACUGUUGGUGAAUUUUUCGUUCUUUCUGUAGCCCGGAGGCCAAAAUAAAUAACAGGAUUUAAUUGAA